AUGUCCGCGAAACCGUCGGUAUCCCAUGGUAACCCAGCUGUUACCCAUCUGUUGGCAGUUAUGUCCUGGACUCAGUGGAGCCGAUCAUGUAAUUUUUGGCGAAAUGAUACCGGCAACGAGACCUGCAACCUGCUCACACCCUCAGAGUACAAAGAUUCGCUCUGCCGGCUUUUGGACGAGUCCAACCAAGGCAAUGGUGGCCGCCAUGGCUAUUUCGCGAUGGUCUCCAUGAGAGCUAACCAACGCUAUGUCACCUGGGUCAAAGAUCCCAAUGGCCACAAGACCACCAAAGCUUUCACCAGCCUAAUCGCCACAGGGAUCCCGGGCAAGGAGCACGGCUCGACGCGCAGCCAGACUUCGGCCAUGCAGGGCUGGACAAACCUCACGGCGGGUUGGCUGAGGUGGGACAGGUGCGGUUCCAUGGACCCCAAGGUGAAAACGUCGACGAGAAACUACAUCCAGGGCGAGUUGCAGGAUGAGCUGCAGCAGGAAGCGCGGACGGCGUUUCGCCCCCGCGGUCAGUUCGACCUCUGGGCCGAGCUUCAGCCCGAUGUCCCCAACGUCCUUGCUUCGGCCCAUGACGUCAGCUCCAAUAUCUUAUGGAACGAGUAUGGCAACGCCGAGUUUGCUAUGUGGGUCGUCAAGGACGCCAAAGGACGGAAAGAUCGAAUCGGCCUCUACCAGUCGCUGCCGGCCAGGGAGAUGCACGAGCUCGGGAACAGGCCCGACCUUGCCGUCCUCAACAAGCACCUCCUGGAGCUCUGGCUCUCUGGCAAGAGCUUAGAUGAGAAGCAUUUCGGAACGUUAGCACGUCUGAGAGUCUGGCAGGGACAUUAUCUUGACGCAGUGGGUAUCGUGAAAGGCGUAGUGAAAGGCGAACUCGUACGCCUAACGGGCGCUGUGGCGGGGAUCGCGGGCAACAUGGUGGAGCUCACGGUGGGGAGUGCGGGGGAUAUUGCUGUGGGCGGUAUGGGUUGCUCGCGGCGGGGACGCAGAGGAGAUCACAUGGGGCAGUACUUACAAUCACGGACAUCGCGGCGGGCGGCGCGGUGGGAAUCGCAGGCGGCGUGGCGGGGACUGCAGGGAGCGUGA